ACCUAAUCUUAAAGCACCGCGAACAGCGGUUGGGGCACAGUCUCUUCAUAACAAGGACGACUAACAAUAAUUUUGAAGAAAAAGGAAUACUCGGUUAAAUCCUACUCUAAAGUUAAAAGGCGUGUCUGCGUGUUUCUUAAGGGAUAUAAGAUGACAAAUAUUUCACUGCGAGCCGAGGGAAGAUUUAUUAACUUAAAGAUGAACUAUUGAUAUGGUUCUCCUUUCAUCGGUGUUGGUUGGAAGAAUUUGACGUUUCUGGAUUGGAACAGUGUGUAAUUAUCUGUUAAAAACCCAUACAAACAGGAGCCAAAAGCUGACAAUCUCGAUGCAGUGGCUGUUUGCUAUGUAGAAACUAUCAGUCAGAUUUGGUAAUUUUUUGUUUACACUAUCACCAAUGAAGCUGAAUAUGUCAAGCCUCAGAGUCGUGGUUCUUGGAGCCGAAAAAGUAGGAAAAUCAGCUGUGACGGUGAGAUUUUUAACCCGAAGAUUCAUUGGUGAAUACAAUUCAAACAUAGAUCUUCUGUAUAAAUCAAGCAUAAAACAAGAGGAUUAUAUGACGGACAUAGAAAUAUUGGACACAUGCACAAAAAAGGACUGUACUACACUUCCGGCGGAUGGCCAAGUCACGUGGGCUGAUGCGUUCGUCAUUGUAUACAGUAUAUGUGAUAAAUGCUCUUUCGAGCGUGCUAAACUUCUCCUUGAGACUGUCAACAAACAGCGAUCAUCAUCAUACGUCCCAACAUUACUAAUCGGUAACAAAACAGAUCUAGAACAUCGGCGUGAGGUUGGUGUCGACGAAGGCCACCAGAUGGCGCUCGAGUUUAACUGUCAGUACUAUGAGGUGUCAGCUGCCGAAACCAAUAUAACUAUAAGUGUUGCGUUUCAGGCACUUCUGAGAGAAACAAAGAUAGUACAACAGAAUAAACCGUUGUUAAAACGGCGACGAAGCUCGCUGGUGACCGUUUCCAGGAAACUAGGUGCCAUGUUCGGAAAGAAGGACAAUGAGCUGGACAGAAGGAGGACUUCAGUUGAUAUUGCAAGUCCUAAAUUGACGUCAUGACAAUGACGUCACGAAGAGAUUAUAAAAUCGUUCAUUUUCACCAUUCGUCUCACAUAUUAAUUAAAUUGAAUAAACCUCAGUAUCAAUUAAACUAAACGUGCGUUUAACGGAGUCGAAACAAACUGCGAACUGCCACGUGAAAAAAGGGAAAAAAACUUGUGGAUCUCCUUCAUACGUUUAUGACAUGUUUAAUUUCAUGGUUCUGACAAAUAAUGUUGGUUCGUGUUGCGUGUAUGUCUAGAUAAUAGAUAUCCAUAAAAUGGCUAUGAAAAGGGCAUAUCGAACUUUAUAGCACUUUCAGUGUAGUGCAAACACGUUUACCCUGUAAUCAUGGGGAGGCCGAGAGCAUAAACAUACCGCCUCCUGAACCUGGUGUUGACGUACAGUUCACGGGUUAUAUGACAGAAAAUGACAGGAUUGUGUCGAUUUUGUGACCAAGACAACCCCUGUGUUUUGAUUACUUUGGCGUGAAACGCCAGAUGUGUGUGAUAGUUGUUAAUCCAUAUUGUUAUUGUUGUGUUUCAGAGAUGUUGUUUGAUAUCUUGUAAUUAAAGUAAAAAUUAUGAUUCCAUCUCAGAUUACCUUAAAA